UUUUAUGUCUUUAUUUUUUAUUGUUUUUGUUUUGUGAUAUUUGUUACAUUGUGGAAUUAUCGUAUGCUUACCGUAUUUUUUUGAUAUAUAUUUUUUCAGGCCACUGGUUCAGAUGCUCAGCCCAGUGCACCAUUUUCAUCAGGCGUUCGGGGUGCCGAGUACACUGAUUUAGUGGCUCGGUUGGAUAGGAUCGAGGCUGACACUCAGGGUCUGUAUGCUGCUCAUGUCGAGCUGAAGAAGGCAUACGAGACCAGCCAUGUAGAGCUGAAGGGUGGUCAGAACGUAAUUAUGGAGCAGCUCAGACACAUAUUGGCCAUGUUGAAUCGUCCGCCAACGACAGCUUCAGCACCGGAGGCCCCAGCAGAUCCAUCUACCCCACCACCAGCUGCUUCACCCCCAGUAGAAGAGGAUGAGGUCUUCCCCGACGAUUACGAUCCUUAUGAGGGAGCUCCAUCGACUCCGAUCGAGGCACAACCUCUUAUCCAUGUACAUGACACCGAGUCGCAGGGUGAGAUUCUGUCCAUAGAGGCACAACCUGCAGUGGUUAAGAGUCGGAAGAGGAAGAGAAAGCCUCCUGUAUGGUUCGGUGACUAUACGGAGAUGAAGAGGAGACAUAGGCCAUCUUCGACUUUUGAUCCCCUGGAGCCACCGGAUGAGAAAUUGUUAACCACUUUCCGAAAGUGGUGUGUUGGACUCAUUCCGAACCACCGACUUCGGGAUUUGAGAAGUGGUGAUUACGGUCCAGGAUUCUUUUGGAUAAUGCUCACACCAAAGGAAUGGCUUACAGAUGACCAUAUAGAUGCAGCAAUGCAUAUGCUGAGGAGGCGACGCACCGACUAUCCACUGACAUUUCCUCAGAAGGGUAUCAUUCUCUCCACAUUCGUGACUGCCAUGAUGAGCAGUGCAUGGACGAGCCACAAGGGUCCGAGGAAAAACUUUAAAUGGGAGGAUUAUAUCCUGGACUACUGCAAGGGGCUCAUAAGGUAUUGUUUUAGUAAGAUUUUAAAUGUUAAUUGUUUGGGAAGAUUAUUAUGGUUUGUUAAUUGUUUCGUUGUUCUCUGUAAUUACAGUCCCAAGUCUUUGAGAGAUGGAGGGGUAACGAGUUUAUUUACUUUGUUCUGAACCUUCCCGAGGCAAGGCACUGGGUCACAGUUGAAGUCGACAUAGAGCUGUGGAAAAUUAAUGUCUACGACUGUGAUUCCAGCGUCUGUCAUUGGACCGCCUUGGAACCCAUCCUGAAGGUUUGGGCAGAACUGCUGCCCUCGCUAAUCCUUGCAACCGAGGAAUUUCCACAUAACAACCAGAUCAUGGCGUUAGCUAACUGUGACAUCACGGUGCUUCCAAAAAUGCACGCGACUCGAGCCACUCACGACUUAGUUCCGAAGUCAGCAACCAGGUACAUAGCGAUAAAAAAGUACUAUAGUAAUAAAAUAUGUUUUACGUUAGACUGACUUUACAUUUUAUUUUGCAUUUAGUGGUGAUUGUGGCGUCUAUUGCAUUGAGUAUGUGGAGCAUCUCAUGAUGCAGCGUGGAUUGACCGAUGUGACGCCAGACCGGAUAGCUAUGUUUCGUCAACGGUGGUGUGUUGAUUUAUUUUACCAAAAUGUCGGCUGAUUAUAUGUGUAAUUAUUAGGACAUUGUAUAUUUUGUGUAAUUAACAUUACAGUUAUGUAUAUAU